AUGAGCCAGGAAGACAAAAUGGGUAUGGCCUUGGAGGGGAGGAAGAGCCAGGACGACGUGGUCAGACCCUUUCCACAGUUGCUGCCAGGGCCCCGGAAAUUCGCGCCGCAGUCAUCCACCAGCAUUGAGCGCCUGAAAAAGACCUCCAUGGCCUGCAAGGCCUGCAAGACUGCAAAGAGAAAGUGCAGUGGUGCCGGCAAACCACCGAAACCGCCAUGUAAUGCGUGCAAGGUCACAGGUACCCUAUGCGAAUUCGACCCAACACUCGACCUCCGGCGCAAGGAAGCUCAUACCGCCAAAAUCAACGGCCUCGAGGCGAAGAUCGAGGAGCUGCAAAAUUACAAGCAUCUACUGGACGAUUUGAUCACAAGGGUUCGAUCGCCACACAGGCAUGAGGUCAAUCGGAUCGUGAAGAUGAUUCGCAUGGAUGAUUUUGAUCUAGAGGAGGUUGUUCGUGCUAUCGAAAGCCCGAUCGCCGCUUCCACACAUCCCCAGUUGCUUCCGGACCCUCACGACUUGGAAAUCUCAGGGGGAGACAUCCAGGUGAAGCAGGAAAAGGACGGCAUAGAAUGGUUGGACUUGCCGCCACAGAGAAUUGUCGACCCUUAUGCUCGUGUCACGCUGGAAACCCUCUGCGAUAUCCCCCGCUUUAAGGUGCCAGCGCAACCGUGGACCAAGGUCACCGAUGACAGCCACCUGGUUUCGCACUUGAUUUCACUCUACCUCACCUGGGAUCAUCCAUGCUCCCAGUUUAUAGAUCAAGACGUUUUUCUCAAACACAUCAAGGCGAAGGAUCUGACGUCGGAGUUUUGCACCCCACUCCUGGUCAAUAGCCUUCUAGCAAUGGGAAGCGUUUAUUCCGAUAGCCCGCAAGUCAUCUCCCAGCAAGAAGACAGCGUUUUCCGAGGACAGCUCUUUCUGUCCGAAGCAGAACGUUUGUGGAAAACAGAGGAGGGCCGCCCAACGCUAGCGAAUGUGCAAGCACUCCUUGUGAUAUGUUGUGUCCACAGAUGUCAAGGCAAAGCCAACCUGGGCUGGCUUCUCCUCCGACAAGCGGUCCAGUUAGCCCACGAUAUGGGAUUGUUUUACCCCCCGGAGGCGAUUUAUCCGCCGGAGAUGCAACGAGUUCGCUCAACCACCGCCUGGGGUAUCUUCAAUCUGAACUCACAAAUGGCAAUGGAGCUGCAGAAGACGCCGAAUUUGGAAAAGCCGGGGUUCCAAGUCGGUAUAGGCGACGUUGCCUGGGUCCCGUAUCCACGAUUGAACCAGCUGAUAUAUCCGAGAAAGAAAGCGCAUCUGCCAGAUGUGCAGGAUGGACUUUCCGAGUUGAUGGAAAUCGUGGCAGAUGUCCAAAAACUCUUUUUGGACAAUUUGACCCUCAGCAUUGACGAUCUAUGGGUCAAAGCCCAAGACCCAUACAAUCGCUUUGUGGACUGGCUGAGUCGCUGUCCCGAUGUAUCGCAGAUUGAAGACCAGCCGGUUUCGGGAUUCUUGGUUUUGCGCCUGAAAUGUCUCCACGCAAUCAUGGCCCUCUUCGAAAUGCUGAUUCGCCGCGAUGAGCAAGGACCUUCGUCUAACCCCAUAUGGCGACAAGAGGUAUUGGAACUCCAGACCCGGACCGCCGAGGAGACGGCCGAGUGCCUCCGUAUCCAUCGUCAGUCGUAUGGCAUCCGGUAUAUCCCUCGCCAGAUGGUCGGCGCCAUUCAGUCCGGUCUCCUGGUCCUCGUACACCAGCUGGCAACCCGCGAGCAAGUGCAAGUGAGAGAACCGUUCGCCGAGCUUUGGCGGUUUGGAACUGCAAUUGACCACAGAUUCGAACCGAUCGCGGAAACUGUCCGGCAGAUUCGAUUGAUGGCCCAGAGUGGUGUCGUCGAGAUACCAGUUGAAGUGAUCGAGAUCAGUGAUCCCGAGCACGGGGAAGGGCUUUGA